CUUUUUACAGGGAACCAGUCUGUUUACGGCGAUUCUCGGGGAAUCGGCAAAAUAUAUCGAAUUACUCUUAACUAGAGGUAUAAUAACGAAAUACCAACUUUCGUUUUGGAUUUUACUUCCUGGUUACAAGCCUGGGGCCAAAUGCUAAGUAAGGAAUCAUCAGGCAAUUACUUUACAGUCACCAUUAUGCCAGACGCUAAAAUAAAUAUUUUUCUCUCACAUACUAUAUAAUGACUCUUUAAAAAAGCUAGUAUCUGGCUUUAUAUCUUGAGCAAACAUUAAAUUAUAUAUUUUGUUAUCAUCUACAAACACUCGUUCAGAUGAAAUGAGACGUCUCCAACUUCACCAUCAUAGAUUGCUGCGAGAUAUGUUGAAUGUUACACGUAUAGGCUAAAAAAUCAACAAUAAGGUAUGAGGGGUUCAGGACAAAAUUUUAAAAAUAUGAGGCAUGUUAUCAUUACCAACCCAAACUCCCGUCGGCUCUUCAGAUUUAAAGACCAAGAUGGCUUCGUUUGCAUUCGAUGAAAACAUCAAUUAAAUGAAACAACGGAGCACUUUUAAAAUCAAAAUGCCUCACUUGCUGGUAGCUGCAAUAGACUUUGGAACAACAUAUUCUGGAUGUGCGUUUUCUUUUUAUGAUGAGUUUAAGAAAGAUCCAACAAAGAGUUUCGUAAAAAAUUGGAUUGAUCCUAAUAGUUCAAUGAUGUAUUGCAAGACGUCAACAUGCAUUUUGUUCAACGAAGAAAAGGAAUUCAAUGAAUUUGGUUUUGCUGCAGAAGCCAAAUAUUUGGACCUGAUGUUAGAAAAUGACCAUCAUAAUUGGUAUUUUUUCAGAAGAUUCAAAAUGGUUCUUUACGAAAUUCAGUCAGAAGACCAAGAAAUUCUCAUUGAAGAUGAACAUGGAAAUACUAUGCCCGCUCUAACAGUGUUUUCUGAAUCUCUGAGAUAUCUGAAGCAAUCUCUUUUAGAUUAUGUCAAUGACAGUGUUAUUAUUUCAAUGGAUGAUACCAAAUGGGUCAUAACAGUGCCAGCUAUAUGGUCUGACCCUGCAAAAACGUUCAUGAGGAGAGCUGCCAUACAGGCUGAAAUAGACUCCGAUAUGCUUACUAUAGCAUUAGAACCAGAAGCAGCAGCUCUAUUUGUUAAAUAUCUUCCUGUUGAGAGGAAAGUGGAUGGAAAUGAUAAAGAGGUUUUGCAGGCUUUUGCGCCAGGAUCAAAAUACAUUGUCGUGGAUGCUGGAGGUGGUACAGUUGAUAUAACGGCGCACGAAGUGCUUGAGGACGGUCACGUCAAAGAACUCAUCAAGUCCACUGGAGGGAGUUGGGGAGGCACAAAGGUGGACGAAGAAUAUAUGGAUUUUCUCAAACGUCUCAUUGGUGACGAUACGACAAAGUACAUUGAUGAAAACCUCCCUAGUCUAUUAUUUGAAGCUAGAAGAGACUUUGAAAGUGCCAAGCACAUAAUUAAACCAAACUCCGACAAAAAAAUUAAUGUCAGAUUUCCUGCUAAAAUCGCAGAAAUAUACACGACAUUACAUCCUGAUAAAGACUUGAGGGCAAAAGAUAUUGUUUUGACAAAAAAUAAAAAGCAGAUGGCUGUCUUAUUUAAGGGAGACAAAUUGCGAUUAGCGACAAAGGAUGUCGAAGAUUUUUUCACUCAAUCCGUAAAGAACAUCACUGAUCAUCUUGCAAAACUACUUCAAGAAAAUGACGGAAAAGGUAUUUCUACCAUAAUUCUUGUUGGUGGCUAUGCAGAGUCACAAAUGCUCGUUCAGGGAAUCAAAGCAAUGUUUCCUGAAAUAAAUACUAUCAUCCCCAAAGAGGCAGCGUGGUCGGUUUUACGUGGUGCAGUUAUCUUUGGCCAUGACCCCAGUAUGAUCAGUCAGAGACGAAGUAAAUACACCUAUGGUGUAAGUGUUAACAAAAAAUUUAACCCUUUAGAGCAUGAUGAAAAAUACAAAUAUGAAGAUGGUGGGGAAAUAAGAUGUAGAAAUAUUUUUAGUAAACUCUUAGAAGUUGAUGAAUUAGUUACUGUUGGAGUUCAUCAAAAGGAAAAACGUUAUCGUUUGAAAAGCUGUAAAGAUGCAGGAAAUUUGAAACUGUAUGCUAGUACAUCAAAAUGCCCUCAGUAUGUUGAUGAAGAAAAUUGUUUUUUCAUUGGGCAUAUUUUGCCACCGGGUCAUGAUUUUAUUCCAGAAAAAUAUUUAUAUGUUAGCAUUUUUUUUGCAGAAACUGAAAUAUUUUUCUUAACUCACCAACCAGCAAGUCAAAAAAACGCGGUUUGCUAUCUUGGGGAGUGAUUAGAAAGGCAGUUAUCAAAUAAGAUUAUUACAAUUAAAACUAUCAGCACCAAAAUUAUGUGUGACAAUGACUGGUAGAAAUGACAGGACCUCGUCUAAGGCAACGACACAUAUACAUGUGUCAAUAUGUAGAGUUUCAACAAACAAAAUAAAUUAUAAAGUAAAAAAAACCACUUGAGUAGAAUAUUUGACCAAGUUAAUUAAACAAGAAAUAUUCGCCUAGAUUGAAAAGUUAUACACAUCAUUGUUUAUAGAGAAAGCUUACAAAAGCAAUACAUACAACAUAAAACAUGUAUUUUUAAAAUAAGAUUGUCAGCCCAUACCAUUCCUGUUUAUACUGGUCGUUUUAAUUGGACCGCAAAAAAUCAGAAAUGGUAAGACAGAAACUGUUACAUAUGUAAAUAGACAGAUGGACGGAUAGAUAGAUAGAUAGAUAGAUAGAUAGAUAGAUAGAUAUUGUCCAUUUUUCUGUUCCAUUUUACUAUUAUGUUUUGAACUGUACAUCUUUUUAAAUACAUUAGAUACAUGUAAGACUUGAAAGUCUAAUGUGAACAAAGAAUGAAAUCAAAUCAAAUUAGAUAAAAGUAACCCAGUAAUGCCCGGCGAUUAAUGUCUUUUAUGAACUAAUUAACUUAAACUUGCCACCGAGUAAACUUACUUUGAUGGAUUUUUUAUAAAUACUAAGCGAGGGUUUAGAUAUGGACAUAAACACAUGACACAUUGACUUUAUGUUAAACGUGUAAUAAACACUUAAACGUAUUUACCAUUUCAGAUUUAUUUUAAUAAAAUUAAUCAUUUUUCUGCACACAGAUAAAAAUUUUCUCAAGAUUUAAAAGAAACUACUAAGAAUAAUUCUACAUUGCAUUCAUGAUUUUCUUUGACACUCUACGUUCUCCACAAAAGACCAGAGCCUACUUGUAAUUGGUUAAACGUUCCAGCGCUCGGGAAAUAAAAAAAAUAUACAAUGAAAGACAGUAAACUUAUUGACAGUAAAUAAAAGUUUUUGAAGUUGUUUUACAUCAGAUAAAAGAUUGAGAUAGUGAGCUUAAUACUUUCUUUCAAAAAAAAAAUUCUGCAAGUUGACACUGCUUGUAAACUGAAGAGACUUUCUUUAAAAUCAAAAUAACAUAUGUUUUAACCUCAGGACUCUCGAUUUCUAAAAGCAAAGAUAAGCGUAUCGAUUUAUUUUGCAUAUAAAUAAAUUGCAUUGUAUUGUGGAUAUGACGGUUUUUUUGCAUUGAACUAUGCUGUUUUUGAAAAUAUGUUACUUUACAUUUCAUGGUUAAAAUUAAAUAUGUUUUAUAAACAAAUAUGUGAGCUAUCAUAUACUGCCAUUUGAAUAAAAACAAUAAAAAGUUU